AUGAAGGGACCCCAGAAAUGGUUCCGAUGCGGCCCAAGGAGGAUCCCCCGGCUGAUGGGCACCGAGUACUUUCCACGGGACGUCCGGAACUCUGAGUCGCUCCCGGUACGCACCGCGUACGAACCGGACAAACCGCUUGUGCUGUACAAGCCCGAGGGAAGGAGAGCCGUGCUCAUGGAAGGGGUUUUUGUGGUCUGUCAUCGGACGCACGACGGUCCGGACGUGACACGUGGCCGGUACCUAACCAACUACGAUGGGGAGUACCAGAAGAGGUGUCUCGAGUGCGCAGCACAACUGUCGCAGAGCAGACGCGACAAGGUCUUUGUUCCAGUAAUUGCAAAAGGGCGCCGGCUCAAAGUUGUCUCUGUGAGAGAUGUGGAAAGUGAAACGGGAGCAAAGCGGGCAAGCAAAGGGAGGAAGCAGGGCGACAGAAAGACGCUGCCAAAAUUUUACAGGCUGCCCUUGAAGUUGGUCCCUUUCUUGCAGAAGUUGCUGCCCUUGGAGUCGUAA